AUGGCGAGCGUCGAUGCGAAGAUGCUCCGGCAGACCAAAUUCCCCCCGGAAUUCAGCCGGAAGGUGGAUAUGACGAAGGUGAAUAUCGAGGUCAUGAAGAAGUGGAUUGCCGGGAAGAUCUCUGAGAUUCUUGGGAAUGAGGAUGAUGUGGUGAUUGAGCUUUGCUUUAAUCUUCUCGAGGGUUCACGUUAUCCAGAUAUCAAAUCGUUGCAGAUUCAACUCACGGGGUUUCUGGAUAAGGAUACGGGCAAGUUCUGCAAGGAGCUGUGGUCGCUAUGUCUGAGUGCCCAGGAAAAUCCUCAAGGCGUUCCCAAGGAGCUUUUGGAGGCGAAGAAGCUGGAGCUUAUACAAGAGAAGAUCGAAGCCGAAAAAGCAGCCGAAGAGUCCAAACGCCAGAAAGAGCAAGAGCGCAUACGUGAACGCGAACUACAAGACCUUCGACAGAGGGAACGAUUUGAUCGCGGUCGAGGGAGGGGACGAGGUGGCAGUCGCGGCGGAGGCAGGGACUUUGAUAGACGCCCGUUCAGAGACAACAGAUCACCACCCCGGCGACGCAGCCCCGGCCGUUUCCGUGAACCUCCGCCUAGGCGAGAGUUUGAUUCCUACGUUCCAUCGGGGCCUCGUAGGGGUCGUCGGCCGUCGCGGUCGGUCAGCCGUUCUCCUUCCCGGACACCAUCCUCGUCGAGGUCCCCGCCGCGGAGACGUCGUCGGUCAGUUAGCAGCUCCCCGUCUCCGGAGCGAGGAGGUCGCAGGAGGACAAAGAGACGCAGUCUGUCUAGGUCUAUUAGUCGCAGUGAUUCAUCGCGUUCACGUUCGCCCAAGUGGGACCGAAGGAGGCGAUCCGUCUCAUCCCGCAGUCCGUCGCGCUCGCGCUCGCCGCCUCCCCGUCGCCAUAGAAGGAACGCUUCAUAUUCAAGAUCGAGGUCGAGGUCGGGAUCCAGGUCAUUGUCUCGGGGGGCGGAUUAUAGACGGAGAAAAUCUGAUACAAGAACACAUAAGAAAGAGACAACGGCUGAUAUUGGAAAGGCCCGCUCCCGUGAUAACCGCCGUUUGAGCCGCAGCAGAGACCGCGACGCCGGUCGCAGACGUCGAUAUUCCACCAUCAGCAGCCGCAGCCGCAGUCGAGGCCGAACACGCACACCCAGCAGCAGCCCGAGACGAUCUGAAUCUCGCAGCCGCAGUCCAAGAAAGGACCGAGACCAUGAUCGCAAGAGACGCCGUUCUCUCCAAAGAUAUACCCCCGCCGCACGAAGACGGCGAAACUCGUCAUCUGUAUCCGUCCCCACUGAAAAGCGCCAGAGGUUGACUGAUGAAGACGAGGGACCACCACUACCACCGCCCACAAACCGCUCGAGCUCGGCUGACAAAGAGAUGAAGGAUGCCGAUGAGGUGGGUGAAUGA